AUGUGUGAUAGACCAAUUACUUCAGAGAAAUUCAGUCUGACUGACUGUCUGUCAUGUGCUGGAUGUGUUUCUAUCACAGAAGACACAGAAGAUUAUAAAGAUACAAUUGAGCUCAUAAAAAAAGGAGGAGUAAAUAUUAUUAUAACGCCACAAGCAAAAAUGUCUUUGUAUACGGUUUAUAAUAAAACCAGCAAAAGAACAUUCAGAGAAUUUGAAUAUUCUCUUAUAAAAGUGCUUAGUAGUAAUAAUAAUAAAGUAAUUGAUAGUAGCAUAGGCACUAAAUUAUUGCUAAAACAGGAAAUAGAUCUAUUAAAAAGUAAAAAUACUCUUAUAAGUACAAUAUGCCCAGGCACUGUAUUAUACGUAUAUAAUACACUGGAUGGAAUAGAUGCAAAUUUAAGUAAUAAUUUAUCACCAGUAGAAUUAUCUGCUAAGUACAUAAAUGCAUAUAAUAAUAAUGUAAAUAUAUCUAUAGUUAUGUGUAAGGAUAAGAGAGUAGAAGCCAAAAAUAAUUCUUGUAUAAAAUAUUGCAUUACAGCAAAAGAAAUAUAUUCUUAUUUUCUUAAUACAACGGAAUUAUUCCAGCAGAAUACUCCCCUGGAUACUAAUUCUAAUGAAACCUCUGAAAAUUUCAAAUAUUCAGAAUUUGAAUAUAAGCAUAGUAUAUCAAGAAUAUUAAAUGGGUCUACAUCUGGCGGUAUAUUUGAAGGUGUAACAGAAUACUUAUCCAGUCAAUCAGGGCAUAAUACACAAAUUAUUAAGAAGAAUCCUAAGCACAUAGAAUUAUUACCAGGAGAAAAAAAAACACUUCAAUUAUUUGGUAGCAGUAGAAUAAUUUCAUUCAUUACAAAAAUAAAAAAAGAAAGGGCGCUUCUAUCAGAAUAUGCUUAUAUAGAAAUGAACAUGUGCCUAGGUGGGUGUUUAUUCGGUCCAUCACAGAGUGCAAUUCCCGAUUCUCAACUGUACACAGAAUUAAUACAAGAUAGAUUCUCACAAGAAAGUAUAGAAAUAAAUACAUUAGAAACAAGGCCCAUUAGAAGGUUUUUUAAGUACAAGAAGCCAAAGGAUAAAAAGAAUUAUUUAGUUGAGUGGUAA